AUGGGACGUGAGGAGCAUGGAAGGACUUGGUGCAUGGACGCAGCUCAACUGGAUACGCAAAGGAAGAAGGAGGAAGCCAUCUUGAAGACCAGCUCGACCACCACUCGACCAACCGGUCGAGUUCCUCAACUCGACCGGCCAAGCUUCAACUCGAUCGAGCUGAGAAGUCAACAGUCAAACCCGAAAAAUGUGUAUGCGAACUCGAUCGAGUCGGUCUACAGAAGACUUGGUCGAGCUAGACUUACAACGGGUAGAAAGAGAGGUCAGAGGGUACAAGAGGAACCUGAGGUGCUUGUUGCUGAUACAAUGGAUGUACCAGAGGGGAAUGGAAACCCUUUGGGCAAUGGACUCGGUCGAGCUAGGCAAACUCGACCGAUUGGUCUAGGAGAUGCUCCAAACCGCCACCAACAGAGACAAGGGAUUGUUCCACCACCAGUGCAGAACCACAACUUUGAGAUCAAGCUGGGAAUGAUCAACCUUGUCAGAACAAGAUGUUCCAUGGAUUGCCAACUGACAAAGCUCACCAAUGGGAGAAGAGCUUGCCCCAUGGCACAAUCACCACUUGGGAUGAAUGCAAGAAGGCCUUUCUUGCUAAGUUUUUCUCCACCGGUCGCACAGCCAAGCUUAGGAGGAGAUAUCAGCUUCAUCCAGCGAAACAAUGAGACAUUCGCUGAGGCUUGGGAGAGGUAUAGGGAGAUGCUAGACACAGCUAGCAAUGGGAACUUCCUCAACCAGGAUGUAGAUGAUGGCUGGCAGCUUGUGGAGAACAUAGCAACUCCAAUGGAAGCUAUGGAGAAGAGUAUGAUCGCACCAACCGGAGCUCGACCCACCACUCGAUCGAGUCAGACGAAAAUUGAGAAAAGAUGUUAA